CUGGACCUGAACAACAGUGGUACAACAGGGGAAAAGGACGGGGACCAAGAGGAGGAAGAGGAGAAGAGGAAAAAGAAGAAGAAAAAAGAGAUUAAUGAAAUCAGCCAGACGAAGGAGAGACAAAUACUGAAAACAUGCUUGGAUAAAGAAAAGAAGCAAAGGAGUCACUGGCUGCCCCCGUGGUGCAAUGUGUGGCAUCACACCCUGUGGGAGUGGGGCUCUGUGAUGGUAACCAUGGUCCCUGGCAGCCGCUAUGUCUGCAGCGCUCACGCGAGAGAGGAUGACUCUACUAAUGACCGGGAGGAGCGAAUUCUAGCGGUGCUGGGCAUCAUCGGAACCAUUCUCAAUCUUUUAGUGGUCAUAUUUGUCUACAUCUACACCUCGGUCACCUAAGGCUUUCUUCACAACUCAAAAGAAACGUCGGUACUCUCCUUUCCCUCACACUGCCAGUCAACCUUUUAAAG